AUGGGGCGUGUGGAUCUGCAAUGCUCUGUCCACCUGCCCGAUGUUCCCAUCCUUCCUUUCCUCCUAGUUUUCCACCUGUCGAGGAAGGUGACGUCCAUCGUCCCGGAGAGCUGCCUCCUCAUCCUGCUGGGGCUGGGCCUGGGGGGCAUCGUGUUGGCCGUGGCCAAGAAAGCUGAGUACCAACUGGAGCCCAACAUGUUCUUCCUCUUCCUCCUGCCCCCCAUCGUCCUGGACUCGGGCUACUUCAUGCCCAGCAGGUUGUUCUUCGACAACAUCGGCGCCAUCCUCACCUACGCCGUGGUGGGCACGCUCUGGAACUCCUUCACCACCGGCACUGCGCUCUGGGGGCUGCACCGGGCCGGGCUCAUGGAUCCAGGCGUUGAAGCUGGGCUGAUGGAUUUCCUGCUCUUCGGCAGCCUCAUCUCAGCUGUGGACCCCGUGGCAGUGCUGGCCGUCUUCGAAGAGGUCCACGUGAAUGAGACCCUCUUCAUCAUCGUGUUUGGCGAGUCCCUCCUGAAUGAUGCAGUCACCGUGGUGCUCUACAAGGUCUUCAACUCCUUUGUGGAGCUGGGCCCAGCACACGUCCACGCCACGGACUACUUGAAGGGGGUAGCCUCCUUCUUCCUGGUGAGCCUGGGGGGCACGGCCGUGGGGCUGCUCUUUGCCUUCCUCCUGGCCCUGACCACGAGGUUCACCAAGCGCGUGCGCAUCAUCGAGCCCCUCUUCGUCUUCCUCCUGGCCUACGUGGCCUACCUGGCUGCUGAGAUGGUCUCGCUCUCCUCCAUCCUGGCUGUCACCUUCUGUGGGAUCUGCUGCAAGAAGUACGUGGAAGCCAACAUCUCCCAGAAGUCCCGCACCACGGUCAAGUACACCAUGAAGACACUGGCCAGCAGCUCGGAGACCAUCAUCUUCAUGUUUCUGGGCAUCUCGGCCGUGGACACCUCCAAGUGGGCGUGGGACACAGCCCUGGUGCUGGGCACCCUCGUCUUCAUCCUGCUCUUCAGAGCUGUGGGUGUUGUCCUCCAGACCUACGUGCUCAACCGCUUCCGCCUCAUCCCCCUGGACAGGAUCGACCAGGUGGUCAUGUCCUAUGGUGGCCUCCGUGGAGCUGUGGCCUUCGCCCUGGUCAUCCUGCUGGACAGGGCGAAGGUGAAAGCCAAGGACUACUUUGUGGCAACAACCAUCGUGGUGGUGUUCUUCACCGUCAUCGUGCAGGGCCUGACCAUCAAACCCCUGGUGACCUGGCUGAAGGUGAAGCGCAGCGACCACCACAAGCCCACGCUGAACGAGGAGCUCCAUGAGCACGCCUUUGACCACAUCCUGGCAGCAGUGGAGGACAUCGUGGGGCACCAUGGCUACCAUUACUGGCGGGACAAGUGGGAGCAGUUUGACAAGAAGUACCUGAGCCAGCUCCUGAUGAGGAAAUCUGCCUACAGGCUGCGGGAUGAGAUCUGGGAUGUCUACUACAAGCUGAACAUCCGUGAUGCCAUCAGCUUUGCUGACCAGGGUGGCCACGUGCUCUCGGCUGCCAAGCUGGCCCUGCCCUCCAUGCCCAGCCGCACCUCCGUGUCCGAGUCGUCGGUCACAAACCUCCUGAGGGAGAGCGGGAGCGGGGCCUGCCUGGACCUGCAGGUGAUCGACACGGUGCGGAGCCGGCGGGACAAGGAGGACGCGGCCAUGCACCACGUCCUGCGCGGGAGCCUCUACAAGCCGCGCCGGCGGUACAAGGCCAGCUACAGCCGUCACUUCAUCUCUCCAGAUAAGCAAGAGCGGCAGGAUAAGGAGAUCUUCCGGCAGAACAUGAAGAGGAGGCUGGAGACCUUCAAGUCCACCAAGCACAACAUGUGCUCCUCCAAGAGCAAGGCCAGGCUGAAGGAGAAGGGCAGGAAAAAGAAGAACACCUCUCUGAGCAGUGAUACACCCAAUGGGAAGACACACAGACAUGUCCCCUGGCAGGAGGCUGCUCCUGUCCUGGUGUUGGUCAGCUCAGAGGAGGAGGAGAGCGAGAGCUCGGACACGGAGAGAGAGGAUGAUGAAGGGAUCGUGUUCGUCGCUCGAGCCACCGACGAGGUCAUGCAGGGCAAGACAGCUCCAGGCAGCCUGGACGUCUGCCCCAGCCCCUGCAUCAUCCCCCCAUCCCCCACCUUGGCUGAGAAGGAGCUGCCAUGGAAAGGAGACCAGGCUGAUCUGGCUGUUUACGUCUCCUCGGAGACCACCAAAAUCGUGCCAGUGGAUAUGCAGAAGGCCUGGAACCAAAGCAUCUCCUCCCUGGAGAGCAUCGCUUCCCCCCCGGGCUUGGAGAGUGGACCUCAGCCCAGGAGAUUCACCUGCUCUUUCCCCAGCCACCUCUCCAAGAGCAGCAGGUUGCAGAGUGACAGCAGCCCAGACGGGGUGGAGCAGCAGGAGCUGCAGCCUUUGAUGGCCACGGAGGAGCAGGGCAGGAUGGUGCCCACCACAGAGCCCAAGUGGCUGAUGUUCAACAGGGCAGGCCACCUCUGA